AUGGACAUGGAAAUCGACUUCAAAAGUUAUCAAUUAAGCCACGAACUUCGCGGCCACGAAGACGACGUUCGCGGGAUUUGUGUUUGUGGAAAUGCGGGAAUAGCGACGUCGUCGAGGGACAAAACGGUGAGGUACUGGAUACCGGACCCAACUGACAAGCGCAAGUAUGAAGCAUCGAAAAUUCUGUUAGGGCAUUCGAGUUUUGUAGGACCACUGGCAUGGAUUCCGCCCAAUGAGGAUUUUAUAGAAGGCGCGAUCGUUUCCGGUGGAAUGGAUACAAUGAUUUUUGUUUGGAAUUUGAGUAAUGGAGAGAAAGUUCAGAGCUUGAAGGGCCAUCAAUUGCAAGUCACUGGUGUUGUUUUAGAUGGCGAAGAUAUUGUUUCUUGCUCCGUUGAUUCUACUAUGAGGAGAUGGAGGAAGGGUCAACUUAUUGAGAAUUGGGAGGCUCAUAAGUCUGCGAUUCAAGCAAUUAUUAAGCUGCCAUCGGGCGAGCUUGUUACAGAUACGGUCCGAGGCUUAGCAGAGAUGCACGGAUUGGGCAUCCUUUCUGCAUCACAUGAUGGCUCUAUCAGAUUAUGGGCUUUAACUGGCCAAGUAUUGAUGGAGAUGGCUGGUCAUGGUUCGAUUGUCUAUUCUGUUGAUUCACACGUGUCCGGACUCAUUGUUAGUGGUAGUGAAGAUUGUUCAGCAAAGAUAUGGAAAGAUGGAGCUUGUGUUCAGAGCAUAGAGCAUCCUGGUUGUGUUUGGGAUGUCAAAUUCUUGGAAAAUGGCGAUAUUGUGACAGCAUGCUCAGAUGGAGUAGUACGUAUUUGGACAUCGCAUCAGGAGAGGAUUGCAGACCCAGCAGAUCUUGACUUUUAUGUUUCUCAACUUUCUCAAUACAAGUUAAGCAGGAAGAGGGUUGGGGGAUUGAAAUUGGAAGAUUUACCAGGCCUUGAGGCUUUACAGAUUCCAGGAACCAAUGAUGGCCAGACCAAAGUCGUCAGAGAAGGGGACAAUGGUGUAGCAUAUGCUUGGAAUUUGAGUGAACAGAAGUGGGACAAAAUUGGAGAAGUUGUUGAUGGACCAGAUGAUGGCAUAAAGCAACCUGUUCUUGAUGGAAUUGAAUAUGAUUAUGGUCAGCGUCUAGUUAUUGGCUACUUAUUUGAUGUUGAUAUUGGCGAUGGUGAGCCUAUUCGUAAGUUGCCAUACAAUCGAUCAGUGGCUUCUAAAGGAGAAUCUUCCUCUUGCCUAUCGCCAACAGAUUGUAGAGUUUAUACUCCAAAAUUCUGGACAGGGGGAGCUGCACUUGAUUCAUCAUUCCGUGACCCUUACACUGGCGCAAAUGCUUAUGUACCCGGAGGAUCAUCUAGUGCGUCUGCUGUUUCAGCAAAACCGACUUUCAAACAUAUUCCCAAGAAAGGAAUGCUUGUUUUUGAUGUGGCUCAAUUUGAUGGAAUCCUGAAAAAGAUUACAGAGUUCAACAAUUCUCUACUGUCUGAUUCUGUCAAAAAGGACCUGUCUUUGUCGGAGCUUGAGAUGUCAAGAUUGGCUGCUGUCCUUAAAAUUUUAAAGGACACAUCACAUUAUCAUACCAGUAGAUUUGCAGAUGCUGACAUUGCUUUGCUGCUGAAAUUGCUAAAAUCUUGGCCAACGGCAAUGAUGUUUCCAGUUAUUGAUAUUGUGAGGAUGCUUGUUCUACACCCAGAUGGGGCGACUGUACUUUUCAAGCAUGUGGAAGAUGAAAAUGAUAUCCUGAUGGAAAUGAUCAAGAGAGUUGCAACAAAUCCUCCACUUCCUCCAAACCUUUUAACAGGAAUUCGUGCUGUGACUAAUCUAUUCAAGAAUUCACGCUACCAUAACUGGCUUCAAAAGCAUCGCAGUGAGAUUCUUGAUGCUUUUUCAAGCUGUUAUUCAUCUCCUAAUAAGAACUUGCAGUUGUCUUAUGCUACUAUGAUACUCAAUUAUGCUGUGCUGUUGAUUGAAAAGAAAGAUCAUGAAGGUCAAUCUCAAGUUCUUUCAGCAGCUCUUGAGAUUGCAGAAGUGGAAAAUAUUGAAGUUGAUUCAAAAUUCCGGGCUUUAGUUGCUAUUGGAUCACUGAUGCUUGAUGGUCUGGUGAAAAGAAUUGCUUUGGACUUUGAUGUUGAAAAUGUGGCAAAAGCAGCCAAGGCUUCUAAAGAAGCCAAGAUGGCUGAAGUUGGAGCUGACAUUGAACUACUAACAAAACAGAACUGA